AUGUCGUACACCUACACGGAUGAGGCCCCGAUGUUGGCCACUCAUGCCUUCUACCCCAUCGUGCAGGGCUUCUGUGCGCAGGCCAAAAUUCCGGUGCAGCUGAAGGACAUCUCCGUGGCGGGCCGCUUGCUCUCGCAGUUUCCGGAGUACCUUACGGAUGCCCAGAGGGAGGAGGACAUUUUGUCGCAGCUCGGGGAGCUGGCAAAGAGCGGCAAGGCCAACAUCAUCAAGCUGCCCAACGUCAGCGCGUCUCUCCCGCAGCUCAAGGAGUGCAUUGCCGAGCUGCAGGGCAAAGGCUACCAGAUCCCCAGCUACCCGGAGGACCAGGACCCCAAGGACGACAAGGAGAAAGAGAUCAAGGCCCGCUACGCCAAGGCCCUUGGCUCUGCCGUGAACCCCGUGCUUCGGGAGGGCAACUCAGACCGCCGAGCCGCGGUGCCGGUCAAGGAGUACGCCUUCAAGUACCCCCACAGCAUGGGGAAAUGGCUGCCGGAGUCCAAGACCCAUGUGAGCUCCAUGGAGGACGGGGACUUCUACUCCCACGAGAAGUCCGUGACUUUGAAGGAGCCCUGCGAGGUGCGCAUCGAGCACCUCUCGGAGGAGGGCAAGGUCACCGUCCUGAAGGACAAGCUGGCGCUGCAGAAGGACGAAGUUCUGGAUGCGUCCUUCAUGAACUGCAAGAUGCUGCGGCGCUUCUACGAGGAACAGAUCGCGGAGGCCAAGGAGCAGGGGGUGCUCUUCUCACUGCACCUCAAGGCCACCAUGAUGAAGGUCUCAGAUCCCAUCAUGUUCGGCCACUGCGUCAAGGCCUACUUCAAAGAUGUCUUUGAAAAGUAUGCGGCCACAUUCGAGAAGCUCGGGGUGAACGCCAACAACGGCCUGGGGGACUUGUACAAGAAGAUCGCCGCGUUGCCGGACUCUGAGAAGGCGCAGAUCGAGGCGGAUCUGAAGGCCACAUACGAGCGCCAGCCCCGAAUGGCCAUGGUGGACUCGCACAAGGGCAUUACCAACCUCCACGUGCCCAGCGAUAUCAUCAUCGACAACUCCAUGCCAACGGCCAUCCGCGCUGGUGGGAAGAUGUGGGAUGCCGAUGACACGGAGCAGGACUUCAAGGCCACCAUCCCGGACCGGUCAUACGCCGGAGUCUUCUCCGAGUGCGUGGAGUUCUGCAAGCAGCACGGCGCCUUCGACCCGAAGACGAUGGGCGCCUGCCCCAACGUAGGGCUCAUGGCGCAGAAGGCGGAGGAGUACGGCUCCCACCCCACGACCUUUGAAGCCAAAGAGGACGGCACCAUCCGGAUUGUGGACAUCAAGACGGGGGCGGUGCUCUUGGGGCAUCGGCUCCACAAGGGGGACAUUUGGCGCUCCUGUCAGACCAAGGAUGCCCCCAUCAAGGACUGGGUGAAGCUGGCGGUGCACCGGUGCCGGGAGAACAACUUCCCCAAGAACGACCGGCCCUGCAAGGCCAUCUUCUGGUUGGACCCCGCCCGCGCCCAUGACUGCAACAUCAUCAGCAAGGUGCUGCAAUAUCUCCCGGACUUCGACACCAAAAACCUGGACCUCGAGAUCCUUUCCCCCGCCGAGGCCAUGAGGGUCACCUGCCUUCGCGCCAAGGAGGGGCUGAACACCAUCACGGUGACGGGCAACGUGCUGCGGGACUACUUGACGGACCUCUUCCCCAUCCUGGAGCUGGGGACCAGCGCCAAGAUGCUGUCCAUCGUGCCCAUGCUGGCGGGGGGCGGCAUGUACGAGACGGGGGCCGGGGGCUCCGCGCCCAAGCACGUGCAGCAGUUCACCAAGGAGGGUCACCUGCGCUGGGACUCCUUGGGGGAGUACCUGGCGCUCAGCGAGUCGAUCCAGGACCUCGCCAGGGAGCAAGGAAACUCAGUGGCCGCGGCUUUGGGCUCCGCGCUGGACAAGGCAGUGGGUACUUUCCUCAGCGCCAACAAGAACCCCUCCCGGAAAGUCAAGGAGAUGGACAACCGGGGCAGCCACUACUGGAUCGCUCGGUACUGGGCAGAGGAGCUUGCCAAGCAGGACAAGGCGCCCGCCUUGCAGCAAACCUUUGCUGAGAUCUCCCGGGAGCUUCUGAAGUCCGAGGAGACCAUCCUCAAAGACCUCAUCGAGUGCCAGGGAUCGGCAGUGGACAUCGGGGGCUACUACCGGGUAGACAAGGCGAAGGCAGACAGGGCGAUGAACCCCUCCCAGACCCUGAACAGCAUCAUCCAGCGGAUUGCGCAGGGCCCUGAUGCCAAGCUGUAG